AUGGAAGGAGACAGCCAGAUAUCAGAUAGCGAAAAGAUUCGCCUGAAACGAUUGGCAAAACUAGGAGGAGCUGUCAACGCGUCUUCCUCUUCUCCUACCACCACGAAUACUCCUGCUCUCCCAAUCAGCAAUGCAGGUGCCUCCAAAAUGGACAUUGAUCCCACAUCAGCAUCUCCCAUCAAGAUUCAAAAGCCUGCUACUCCUACCCCCAUAACCGCAUCAGCGAUUACCAUAAGUCCAAACUCCUCGUCUUCAAGACCUUCCACCCCUUCCGCUUCAGCUGCUGCUCCGAACAAGCAAUUGACUACUUUCUUAUCACAAUCGGAUCCUGAAUGGGAGAAUGUCACGUUGGAAUUCAUCUUCCAGGCUACACUCAACAAAGCAGCAGCUGAAAAGCAAAAAUACACAUAUCUAUCAGCUCUAGCCAGUGAACUCCAAAUGGACGGAUCACCCCUCACAUUCAAAGACUCGAUCAAGGAUAGCAUCAUACACGCUCGUUUAUCACUACCAGAAAACUCGAAUCCAGGUGCUAUACCACUUGUCGAUUACCUCAUCGGAGCAUGGAAGCGAGUCACUCAAGUCCGUAAAAAGAUGGAAGCAUGGUCGAAAUCAUCACCAGAAGCUAGUAAACUCGUAGACGCAAGAACCAAAGUAGUUGAUUCGAUACGUGAUUUGAUUUUGAAUUUUGCUUCCUUGGUUGUUAAUCCGGAGAUGGCUGAUAGUUUUCCUCAGACUGAAGAGAUUAGUGCAAAGGGAGCCUCAUAUCUAGCAGAUAAAUUAUUACUACAGAAUGCAGAUGACUCUGAAGAUCAGUUGCCACCUGCUUUUCUUGCAGAGUUUGCUACCAAAUUCGAAGAGGAUGGUUUGGAAGAGACACUGGCUCCUGUCAUGGCGAGUCUUACUGCAUACACCCGAACGCAAAACGUGUCCAAGGAUGUCAACACCCCAUUACGAGCACUACGUACAUUAGUGGAAAUACCGGUGAUUGCAAGAACUCUUACGAAACUACCGAGCUGGAAUCCACCAGGAACUAUGGCUCGAACAUUUGAAAUCAUAACAUUAUUAGGACCAUUUUUAUCACGAACAUCCAUUCUUCCAGACGUGGAUCCAGCUCUAGCUACCACCUACUUCCCAGAUUCAGGUCCAUACCAACCAAUAAAUGCUGGUGGUCGUGAAAUGGAUAACUUUCCUGUUGGAAUGAGAAUGCCUGGUGAUAUCAAGACUGCACAGAAGGCGCUAAGGGAUAUGUCGACUACUUUGACCAAAAACCUGCACGAAAUCAUAAUGUCAAUAGUAAAAGCUGCUCCUAAAGCAGGUUCAAGUGGACCUGAUUCAAAGGAAGCCGUGUUGCAGUAUUUUGCAGAUGCCAUCAAUAGUAAUUCAGCUCGUGGAAAGAUGAGGGUGGAUCGCCAAACAGUAUCCACAGAUGGCUUUAUAUGCAACAUUCUUUCCGUCUUAUUACGAAUGUCUGAAGGAUUCAUCGACUCUCACUAUUCCAAAGUCCAUCUCAUCGAUGUAGACUACUUCAAAUAUAGCAAACGAAUAAACAUUGCCGACCAUACUCGAAUAAAUUCCGACACAGCCACUGCUGAAGAAUACUUCAACACUUGGAGAUCAACGCAAACAACGCUACCAACCGCUAACUUUAUAUCAGAUGUGUUUUAUUUGACUUUAGCUGCUCAACAUUAUGGAUAUUUGAGUGCUAUACGAAAUUAUGGAAAUCUGUUGAAACAGAUUGAUGAUUUUGCCAAGCAGUUGGAUGGUUUGAGAGCUCAGAGGCCGACGUGGCAAGGACCUAUGGCUCGUAUGAAUGAGAUCAUGUUUACGAGAUAUACGACACAACUGGACGGUCUGAUUGCUACCAAGCUGAGUCUUGAUGCGGGAUUAUUGGACCCAGCACUUAUUGGUAGCACGGUCCGAUUUUAUAAUCUGGUCAUGACAUGGUUGAUUCGUGUCUUGUUGUUGGGUGCUGGAGUCAUCAAGGCACCACAAGGCAAAGCGUCGGAUUCUGUUUCGUGGAGUGGGUUGUUGAGAGGAGAUGUGCAAGGUCUGAAAAUGAUGCCCAUACCAUCAGACACCACUCCAGUCUUGUUUGCGACAUUGCCGGAAUGGAUUGUGGAUGAUAUAUGUGAAUUCUUUACUUUCAUUUGCCGUACCAAACCUCAAACCUUUGAAAACAACCCUCGUGAUGAAUUAUUGACAUUUACCAUGCUCAUUUUACAAAACCCUACAUAUUUCAAGAAUCCAUACCUCAAAAGCAAGCUUGUUGAGAUAUUGUACUUCUUCACCUUUCCAUUGUACCGGUAUGCUGAUGGUCGUAGUGCAGGUCGAUUGGAUGAUGUGUUUUGCACACAUCCACUUGCUCAACAGUAUCUGGUGUCGAGCUUGUUGAGAUUCUACUGUGAUGUGGAACAAACGGGCAUGCAUUCUCAAUUCUAUGACAAGUUCAACAUAAGAUAUCACGUAUCUCAAAUCAUGAAAAUCAUCUGGAAUGAUGGUGGUCAGCGAAUGAAAGUAGUUGAGCUUAGUCGUGACGUGGACUUCUUUGUCAAGUUCAUCAAUCUCUUGAUGAACGAUACAACAUAUCUCCUCGACGAGUCCCUAUCCAAACUAGCCGAAAUCCAUUCCCUCCAAAACGCCAUGGCAGAUACCGCAACAUGGGCUGCUCAACCCGAUCAACAACGACAGGAACGAGAGGGUACAUUAUCGCAAUAUGAACGACAAGCACAGUCGUAUAUGGCAUUAGGUGUUGAGACAGUCAAUAUGUUGCAGUAUAUGACUGCGGAGCCCGAUAUCGUACAGCCCUUUAUGGAGCCUGGUAUAGCGGACCGGCUGGCUGCCAUGUUGGAUUACAAUUUGGAGACUUUGGUUGGGCCCAAAAGUCAAGAGUUGAAGGUCCGAAAUCCAGAAAAGUAUCGAUUCAAUCCGAAGAAUUUACUUACCAAGCUGGUAGAAAUUUACAUGCAUCUGGCCCAUCGACCGGAAUUUGUUAUGGCUGUGAGUCGCGAUGAGCGAUCUUACAAGAAGGAAUCAUUCAUCAAGGCUGGUCAAAUCAUGCUCAAAAAUGGAUUGAAGAGUGAUACGGACGUACAAGCACUCUACGACUUUAUCGACAAGGUGGAAAAGGCAAUAAAAGAUACUGCACAAGCAGACGAAGAGCUCGGUGAAGCUCCUGAUGAAUUCCUUGAUCAAUUGCUAUUCCAUGUUAUGGAAGAACCUGUUGAGUUGCCAUCUGGUGUACAUGUGGAUUUGUCGACUAUCAAAACACACUUGUUGUCUGAUCCACAUGAUCCAUUCAAUCGACAGCCACUUACGAUUGAUCAAGUUAAGCCUGAUCCUGAUUUGAAACGUCGCAUUGAAGAAUGGAAGCGCUCUGCAACAAGAAAGAAGCCAGCAGAUGAUGUUGAAAUGUCAUAA